GGGAUAGUUUUGGGCUCUGGCUGGGAAGCGUGUUGCUUUGUGGGCUCAAUGAGAUCUCACAGCACGACCCUGGGGAUCAUUCUUGGGGAGACCAUCGCGUGUGCCAAUUUGUGUUGCUCAAAUCAAGUCAAAAUCAAAGCGUAUGGCUGGGGAAGCGAGAUCAAAAGAUCCCCCAAGCUGAUCGCAGUAGUGCUGCGAAAGAACCAAACAGUCCAAAAACCCCUGCAGACACUCGAGUAAAACCCAGUCCCAUCUGGGAGUAAAUGAGGGUGAAGGCGGGACUUUGGCUUGGGAAGUCCUGCCCUAAUUAUCUCUGCAGCCCAGAGAGUGCUUUGUCAGCACAUGGUCAGCGGGGUUGUGCCAGAAGCCUUUGCCGGAGUGUCUUAGCAGCACCAAGCAGGUAUUAAAAGCCUCAAGUACAGCAUGAACAAAUAUCUGCAGUAUUUAUUAACCACGGGGAGCUCAGAGCGAGGCUAUGAUCCCUACAACCCCGAGCUGCCCCAGCCCUCGCUGGAGGUGGAGGAUGGUGCUCUGGCUGACAUGACAGACGUGACACCCGGUAUUCUGGAGCUGGAGCUGGUCAACAAAGCCAUUGAGGCAGUCAAAAACGAAGUGGAGAGAGAGCAGAAGAAGUAUGAGGAGCUGCUAGAAACCACAAAGGAGUUGAGUGCUUCAGAGGCCUCCUCACUCAUUUCAAAUACACCUGUGUCAGCUGGUGGGACACAGAAUGAUUCAUUUACCUCCUUAGAGUAUAAUCCAGGUAGCUACAACUUUAAUAAUAACUCGGACUACAACCCUACUCCUCUGGCUGCUGCUAGCUGGUCAAGUAAAUACACUUUGGAUGCUUCCCGAUCUAAAGGGAGCUCACUGGAAUAUGUUCCCAAGGCUGUAAUACAGAAUAAAAAAUACAGUAGCACUGUUACUAACAGUAAAUAUGUGAUUGAUGACUCAAAGCCUUCUACAGACUUGGAAUAUGACCCACUUUCAAAUUACUCAGCGAGGCUUUUGAGCAAAGCUACGACAAACGAGCCAAAGGGGUCCAAAAGGGGUAGAGUGUCCAGUUAUGAGGAGUCUUACUCUCCUUCACGAAAGAGGUUCUGUGAAGAACUUGAUGAUGAUGAAGAAGUGUGUGCCAGGUUCUCUUCCUCUGAGGAUGAGGCUGAUGUGGAAUAUAAAGCAACUUCUGUUAGUUCCCAAUCAAAAGCUGGUUCUGAAAGUGAGUCAAGCGAUGGGUUAUCCCACACAGAGCAGAGCACCAAGGUGGAUGACUUUGUUUCCCAGGAUAGCAAAGAAACAGCAGUGCAGUAUGGCAUGGAAGGCCAUCCAAGGUCACAGAAAAACCUUGCUAAAAACUCAUCAGACAAGAGUGCAAAAGCAGGGAAAUUGUGUGCUGGUAAGAACGGGCAGGAGAUCGAGCAUAAAAACAAAGACUCAAAAGAUAAAACAAAAAGGAAGAAAUCAGAUGUUAGUAAAACACCUGGGCUAAAUGAGUUUGGUAAGAAGGAGAAAAGUAAAAGUACAGAAAAAGACAAAGUGCUCAAAAAAGAAGAAAAAUUAAAACCCAAGAAUGAGGAGAAAAACUGCAAAGAGAAAAGUGUCAAAGGGAAAACUGAUGGGAGUUUUAAGAAACCUGAAAAACACAAGUUGGAGAAAGCAGAUGGACUUAAGAAAGAAAAAUCCAAGUUGGGCAGCAGUAGUUCAGGGAAAAGCAAGAGUGAAAGUGUCAGCAAAGGCUCUAGCACAGAGAAGCUGGGGAGCAGCAAGAAAGACUCCAAGCUGAAAACAGGUGAUGUGAAAAAUGGCAAAGAAACCUCUGGUCAUAAAAACAAAGAGAAAGGGACCAAGACUCCGGCACUGGAGCGAAAGAAAGAAAAGGUCAGUUCUGUAGAAAAAGGAGAUCCAAAGAAGGGUCGGAAGCAGCAGAGUUUGAGUCAUGUUGAUCUGUUUGGUGAUGAGAGUGGAGAUGAUGAUGACAAAGGCAGGCCUUUGCCAUCCACGUUACUUGACGUGAGCUCGGACUCGGAUGGUGAUGACUGUGGUUCAGACUCGGAGAGUGAAAACGAAGGGACAAAGAAAGCGAAGCGCUCUAAGUUGUCAAAGUCAUCAUCAUCAUCAUCUUCCUCAACAUCUGAUGACAUUGAUUAUUCCAUCCUUGAGAAAGACUUGGACUUUGAAUCAGAUCCAAUGGAAGAGUGUCUCAGGAUUUUUAAUGAAUCUACAGAUGUGAAAACUGAAGACAAGGGAAGGCUGAGGAAACAGCCAUCCAAAGAGGAAGGAAAUGAAGAAAAGACAGAAGAGAAUUUAACUACCUUAUUUCCUGGCCAGAAAAGGAGGAUCUCUCACCUUGUCAAACAAGGAAAUGCUGAGGUCCCGAGCAAGCCCAUAGUGCGGCCGUACCGUCCCCCCACGGCUCAGGAGGUGUGUUACCAGAGGAUCCAGCUGGCUCAGCAGCAGGCAGCACAGCUGGCUGUGGCCGUGCAAAAGGCCUCUCUUUCCUUGCCAGGAGAAAAGAGGAGGAUUGCUCAUGUGCCAAAUGUAGCCCUCUCCGCAGCGGCCAAACAAAGCCUUGUGAGUAGUAAGACGUCUGCUGCUGGCAGGAGUGUCACACCUUCCAAUGACUCUGAAGCACCCACCCUUUCUUUGAAGGCUUGCACCUUAGCUGGGAUGGCUUCAAAGACCACCAGCACCAUCAUGCCGAAAAGGAUAGCACAUGUUCCCUCCUUACAGAGCACCAGCUUACAGAGGCCUGUUAUUCCCACAGAAUUUGGUGCUAAAGUCCCAACAAACAUUCGUCAAAGAUACCUGAAUCUCUUCAUUGAUGAGUGCCUGAAAUUCUGCUCUUCCUCCCAGGAAGCGUUUGACAAGGCCCUGUCAGAAGAGAAGGUGGCUUACGAACGUAGCACCAGCCGCAACAUCUACCUGAAUGUGGCAGUGAACACCUUGAAGAAGCUCCGAAGCCUGGUGCCCAAUUCCCCCAGCAGCACGAACAAGACAAGUAACAAGAAAGUGGUGUCCCAUGAAGCUGUGCUCGGAGGGAAGCUUGCUGCUAAGACGAGUUUUACUCUAAACCGGUCAGGGAGCUUGAGAGCAGAGGAUUUAACAGGGGCUGCCUUGUACCGGCGACUGAAGGAGUAUCUCAUGAGUGAAGAGCAGCUAAAGGAAAAUGGUUACCCAAUGCCUCACCCAGAGAAGCCUGGCCGUGCUGUCCUCUUCACUGCAGAGGAGAAGAAAACAACUGACUCAUCCUGCAGGAUAUGUUGUCGCUGUGGCACUGAGUACAUGGUCUCAGCAUCUGGAACCUGCAUUCGCAAAGAGGAGUGUGUCCAUCACUGGGGAAGGCUACGCAAGCAGAGAGUGCCAGGCGGAUGGGAAACUCAUUACAGCUGCUGCUCAGGAGCUGUGGGUUCACCGGGCUGCCAGGUUGCUAAACAACACGUCCAUGAUGGGAGGAAGGAGAGCCUUGAUGGCUUUGUGAAGACUUUUGAGAAGCUGCCUACAACUGAUGGCUACCCUGGAAUCUAUGCGUUAGACUGUGAAAUGUGCUACACUAAGCAAGGACUGGAGCUGACAAGAGUAACGGUGAUCAACUCUGACCUGAAAGUGGUAUAUGACACCUUUGUCAAACCAGACACCAAGGUGGUGGACUACAACACCAGGUUCUCAGGUGUGACAGAGGAGGACCUGGAGAACACUAGCAUCACCCUGCGGGAUGUCCAAGCCGUCCUACUGAACAUGUUCAGUGCAGAUACCAUUUUGAUAGGGCACAGCUUGGAAAGUGACUUAUUUGCACUAAAGCUUAUCCAUGGCACGGUGGUGGAUACCGCCAUCGUCUUUCCCCACCGCCUGGGUUUGCCUUACAAACGGGCUCUCCGGACACUGAUGGCAGACUACCUCAAGCGCAUCAUCCAGGACAAUGUGGAAGGGCAUGACUCCAGUGAAGAUGCCAGAGCUUGCAUGGAGCUAAUGGUCUGGAAGAUCAAAGAAGAUGCUAAAGUGAAACGAUGACUUGCGCUUUCUCCUCCUCCUGUUCCUCCUCCACCUCUCUGAAGCAGUGCAAUAAAUACUCAGAGUAACACUGUC